AUGUCGCCUGACAAUGUUUCUCAAGAAUCGCAGCUCUCACACCCUACGCUUGACCAAGAUGGUCCAGAGAGUAAACAGAGGGAAAAUGUGGAAACAGAAGGGCUGGACGUAUUCUGGGACGAGCCUGUCGAUCAAGAUCCGGCUAAUCCAAUGAACUGGGGCUUAGCGCGCAGAUGGACUAUUGUUGGAGCGGUAUCUUUCAUUACUUUCUUGACUCCCCUCGCCUCAUCCAUGUUUGCACCUGGGGUACCCGAGGUAAUGGCUGAUUUCAAUACCAGCUCAAGUCUCCUCGCAACCUUCGUUGUUUCCGUCUAUAUCCUCGGUUUCGCAUUCGGUCCUCUUAUCGUUGCUCCGUUGAGCGAGUAUAGUGGCCGUCUCGUCGUCUACAACGCAUGCAAUGUGCUCUUCCUGAUUUUCAACAUUGCCAGCGCACUGUCUCCAAGCCUGGCAUCGCUAAUAAUCUUCCGAUUCCUGGAUGGUGUUGCUGGUGUUGCGCCGACGACUAUAGGAAGUGGUACAAUUGCUGAUAUAAUGCCUAUGGAGAGUCGAGGUAAAGCUAUGGCUCUUUGGUCUUUGGGACCGCUUUUUGGUCCUAUUGUUGGUCCGGUUGUUGGUGGAUACUUGGUUGAGGCUACGAGUUGGCGAUGGGUAUUUUGGGUUCUGGCUAUUGUGGGUGGUGUCGCGUCGAUUGUCUUCUUUUUUAUCGUCCCUGAAACACAUGGUCCUACGCUCCUGGAACGGAAAGCAGCGCGGGUACGAAAGGAGACUGGGAACACGGGCUAUAGAUCUCGUUUGGAUGAUGGGAUCCCCGCGAAACAAAGAUUCAUGCAGAGUCUCGUUCGUCCGACGAGAAUGUUGCUGCUCUCGCCAAUCGUGUCGUCAAUGUGUAUCUACAUUGCUGUUCUCUAUGGCCUUUUAUACAUUCUUUUUACCACGUUCACUGAGGUUUUUGAAGGGCAAUAUGGUUUCUCAUCUGGUUCGAGUGGUCUCUCCUUCCUAGGCAGUGGUGUCGGCAUGUUACUCGGAUUGUUAUACGCUGGUAUCCUCAGUGAUCGUGAGAUCAAGCUGCGAAUUCAACGAAAGGAGACCACACAGCCAGAAGACCGGCUGCCUUGGUAUAUUGCUCUUCCUGGAUCACUGAGUAUUCCUGCUGGGUUAUUUAUCUACGGAUGGUCAACCGAUAAGCAUGUUCAUUGGAUUGUUCCCGAGAUCGGAACCGCUGUGACAGGUUAUGGUAUGAUUCUUACAUUGAUGGGUAUUCAGACUUAUCUGGUCGAUGCAUUCACGCAGCAUGCGGCCAGUGCCAUUGCAGCUUGUACUGUUCUACGGAGCCUGGCAGGUGGUCUUCUCCCUCUUUGUGGAUUGAAGCUAUAUGACAAGCUGGGUUUGGGUUGGGGCAACAGUCUGCUGGCAUUCAUUGCGCUAGGCAUAUCCCCGAUUCCUGUUUUAUUCCAGUCGUUUGGAGCGCAGCUGAGAGCUCGAUCCAAGCCUCCGAAAUAG